AUGGCUGUGGUCCUCCAUGGGAACGCCGCCCGCCAUUGGAAUGUCGCCAGCCUCGUCACUUUCCGACACACCCCUCUUGAGCUCAUCGUUGACGUCUAUGAGGCCAACACGGACCACAUCUUCGUACACCUUGUCCCACGCAUCUUGGGUCGACUUGCCGCCCCUCCUCUUGGUUGUGGAUGCCACUUCGUGGGUGACAUGGAUGACUUCUUCCUGGGAGCUACCGACUACUAUGUGGACUACGCCCUUCUUCCAGAGUGCCUGGUUGGGGGACGUGACAGAUUGGAUCGUGGGUGUCCUUUCUCUCUGGUGGACAUCCUCAUGCAUCGUAACUUCCACCGGCUUGCCUCCUCCUGUUCCUCUCUAUGUCAUGCCUACUACUUUGUCGAUUACCGGGGCGACUUCCUCCUGUACUACCUGGAGUGCUGUGUGGACUACGUGGACGACUUCCUCCUGGACAACCUGCUCCUGGACUACCUGGAUGGACAUCCUGAUGGAGACGAUUGUGAGGGUGACAUGAUGACUGACUAUGCUGUCGAAGAGAUGAUGUACUGUGCCCCUACGACUACCACAACUUCUUCUUCGACGGACCCCCAGUUCCCGGUGGUCGAUGUGGGACAUACUGACAUGGAGGGUGAUGUUGCCAGUGGACUCCCAUCCCCUGCUCCGGUGAGUGCAGGCACGCUCCAGGACUUUACGUUGCAGGAGCUCAUCGACGCGAAUGUCUUGACGGGUGUAAACCCAGCUGGACAGACUGAGUCUCCUCUUCUCGCCUCCCUCAAUCAGUCACUCCCUGAAUUUGCGCUCGUCCACGAAGAAGCUGCUAAUCGACCCCGGGGAGUGGACCCAGCUUACGACAUGCUUGCAAGUCCUGCCUACGAGCUCCAUGUACAAUGGUCUCGUCGAUGGCGGGGAUUCGUGGCCCAGAUCGUCCACCUGGCGUUGGAGCAGUCGAAUCAGAACGCGGCGGAGGCUAUCGCUACCCUUCGGGACAGGGAGGUGCACCGCAACAAUAUGGAGAACGCCAGACGAUUGGAGGAGAUGCGGCGUCCUUUGGGUGUCCAUGCUGGUCACAAGAGAACCCAUGAGCAAAUGAGCCAGAUUACGACCUCUGGAGCAUCGUCGUCACAUGAUCCUCCUCCACCCUCGCUGGUCGUCCCGGCCAGACCGCCUCCGCCUAGUACUUCGGGGCGACCUAGUUCUGGGGUGCCUUCCGUGGAUGCACCGAGGCCGAUGAUGAAUCCGACGACUCCCUACCUUAUACCUUCGGCCCCGGGGUGGAACAUUGAGGAGACACCACAAUAUGCAAAUGUACCAGAUGUGGACGAUGUCCUCGCAGAAAUCAUGUCCACCACUCCCACCUCGACAAUCUUAGCGGCGAAUGUGGACCAGACUGGGAUGAUAUCUUCCUCUACUACCACAUCGCUUGUCGAUGUUGUUGGGGGAGAUGCUACGGGCGGAAUUGAGGACGACUACCUGGAUGGUGAAGUUGAUUGGGGAGCAGAACCUGGUGUCCGACCAGCACGGGAGGAUGUGGUUGAGGAGGAGGCCGAAUUUGAUGAGUUUGAUGAGCCAGAGGAUGAUGGGAGAGGAGUUGGUCCUAUUGAGACUCCACGCUCACCCAGUGGGAUGGUGACAGCAGGCUCGUUUCCACUCCCCGGACGUGCUGAAGCUCUUGCGCAGCGCAUCGCCUACCUCAUCCUCCGCGAUCUGUUGGCCAUCCUUGAAGAUGUUGACGCUAUGACUUCAGCAUCAAGGACACCAGUCCAUGCUGAGGUUGGCUCUACGGGUCCACUGGGGUCUCCACCUGAGCAAGUACAACCUGGUGAUUUCCUGGAUGGUGCCCAGCAUGACUCCGAUGGUGACAUGGUUAUGGCUUUGGAUGAAGAAGAGGAUGGGGAAGCACAACCGGCCGUGGACUACGCGUCGUCUAGUGCCUCCUGA